AUGCCUUCUGCCGAGUUCGAAGCUGCCGCUGCCAGAGUCAAGACUCUCACCACGAGCCCUGACAACGAUACUCUCCUCAAGCUCUAUGGUCUUUACAAGCAGGCCACCGAGGGUGACAACACCACUACUCGCCCUGGUAUGUUUGACAUUAAGGGCAAGGCCAAGUGGGAUGCCUGGGACCAGAAGAAGGGUGUCUCCAAGGAGGCAGCUGAGAAGGAGUACAUUGAGUUGGUCAACACCCUUGUUCCCCAGAACAAGAAUAAAAAGUCCACGUAUGACGAAAGGGGGUCAUUGGAUCGAAAUUUGUUGAGCCUUGCACCAAAUUUGUAG